AUGAUUGUUCCACAGGCCGUGCAAAUACGGAAAACAAAAGCAGCCGGCAAUCCAUUAGAGAAGGCUUGGCAGCAUGUGAGCCCUUCCGGAACAUCAAACAAUGUCAUGAAACGUCGCACAUUUCGAUCCGAAUGCCGAAGACGAUUCGCGGAUAAUGGCUCACCGAAUGACCGCAUGCUAAUGCCGCCCGGCUCCAUACGACAACAAUGUGUCCUAGCCCCAGCCGGCUAUGCGGCCAGCCAUCCAGCCACCCAGUCACUCAGUCAGCCAGCCAGCCAGGCAGCCAGCCCAGUCAAGCCCAGCCCAGUCCAGCCACAAGCACUCCUCUCACUCUCGCCUUCUCCUCGUAACUACAUCCGCGUCGGAGGUAUGAGACGAAGCAGACGGUGA